AUGCCAACAAACUGGGAAGAUUUGCUAUGGCGUCCGUUGCAUACCGUAAAAGCUACCAUGGAUUAUCAAAGCGAUCAUCCUAUGGAUUUAUGUUUUGAAGUUGGUGAUAUUAUUGACGUCCUUGGUAUCGAAUGUCAUGGCGCAAAAUCAAAGAAUUUUGGUUCAUUUCCAAAAAUCUUUGUCGAAAUAAUCGAUGAAUCUCCUCAAAAAUCAUCUAAACCUAAAAAAAUUACAAAUCCUUGGUUUAAAGAUGAGCUUCAAAAGGCUUUAGGACAACAGAGUGAGAAUGUUAUCCCGAAAUCGAAACCGAUCGUUAAUUCAAAAUCUUUGGUUAAAUCUCAACCAUCUGCUGAUAAACUACCACCGCCACUACCUUCACGUGAAAAACUUAUGAGCCGUCAAAAUUCUACAUCUUCAAAUUCAUCUAAUUCUAUCGGUAGUGAAAAAAGCAGCAGCAAAGCUUCAACCGCCUUUUCACUCGACAGUGAAACACUUGUUGAUGAGUCUGAAGAGGAUCCUGAUCCUAUUAGGUAUUACUACGAUUUUUCAACUGUUGAUGAAUAUGCUCGUGAAACUCCUGAAUCUGAAACAAAAUCUGAAGCAAGAUUAGCGAAUUAUUUGACUUCAGUAUGGGACGAUGACAUAUAUAAAUUACGUGCCAUUUUCGUAUGGAUCACUGAUAAUAUCUCAUAUGAUUGUAAAUCAUUUUUUUUGGGAAGAUUAUCGGAUAAGUCAGCAAAAGAUGUUUUAAAAACCAAAACUGCUGUAUGCGCUGGAUACGCUAAAUUGUUUUAUGAAUUAGCAAAUGAAGCUGGUUUACAUGUAUGGCAAAUUUCGGGAAAUGCAAAGGGUGCGGGUUUUCAAGUCGGUGAUACUAUUGAUCCAAAUGAUCGUGCUUACGCUCAUGCAUGGAAUGGUGUUUUAUACAAAGGAGAAUAUCUCUUAAUAGAUUCUACUUGGGGUGCUGGAGAUGUAAAUAAUAAACAAUUCAAUAAAAAAUUCCAACCUUUUUACUUCCUUACUUCUCCGACAAAAUUUAUUUAUUCCCAUUUUCCUGAAAAAUCAAGUCAACAAUACUUGCAACCUACUAUCACAAGAAAAGAAUUUAAUAAUCAGCCUCAUUAUAAAGCCGAUUUCUUCUAUGAAGGUCUUAGAUUUUUAAGAUAUCAUGGUACCGAAGUAAAUGCGAUUGACGAUAACAUAACCUUAGAUUUAGAGCAGUCAAUUGACGAUGGUAGAGUAAAUAAAGUAACUGCCUCUUUGGAAUGGAAAGGACAAAAAAUAGAUGCUUUUUCACAAAGAUUGGCUAUUCCGGGUCCUAAUGGCGGAAUUUUACAUCGGUUAAGAAUUGGUUGUCCUACUCGUGGAGAAGGAAAACUUCAAUUAUUUUACUUUAAAGAAGGCGAAGAACGGCAAACUUUUCUUGAACCAUUAAUGGAUAGGAAUGAUUCUGAUAGAUGUAUUACCAUGGCUUGUGAUGUGAUGACGAAUUAUAAAGGAACUUGGAAUUUAGGUGUUAAAAAUGGCAAUGGGUACAAUUUUUUGGCAA